AUGGAGACCACUAAAAUUAUCCUGCUGGUACUGGCUGCUACAGCCCAGUACUCAGCUAACGCCCAGUAUUAUGCAGCUCCUGCUCCAGCUCUUCUACCAGCUCCUGCGCCCGUACCGUCCGGAUGUCCAGCCGCCAUUACCAUACCAAUGCCACCUUUACCGCCAAUCUAUGUAUCGCUACCACCACCCGCUCCCCUAUACGUUACUCCCCCAGCUGCGCCUCCACUACUCGUCGAACUGCCGGCUCCACCACCUAUUACUCUCAUGGCACCACCUACACCCCCCAUGAUGGUAACCCCUCCCGCUCCGCCCCCUGUGACCGUCAGCCCCCCACCUCUUCCUCCUAUAUGCGUCAAUCCACCACCGUCUCCCCCAGUGGUCGUGACCCCGCCAGCGCCACCUCCAAUGUACAUUAACCCACCUCUUCUUCCCCCGAUUCUUGUAGACAUUCCUCUUCCCCCUCCGAUCGUCAUUGAACUACCUCCACCUCCUCCUAUCGUUGUCCAGCCUCCUCCAUUAGGGCAAGUCAUGGUGCAACCACCGCCACUGCCCCCAAUUCCUGUUGAACUGCCUCCCUUGCCUCCCAUGGUGGUGCAGCCCCCGCCAUCGCCCCCUGUCUGUGUGCAGCCUCCUCCGCCACUGCCUAUAAGCGUGCAACCACCACCGCCGCCACCAAUGGCUAUUCCGGGGUCUCCUCCAAUGCCCUUCAGCAUCCAGCCCCCAGCUCCGGAGCCCCUUUACGUGGACAUACCUCCCGCGCCGCCAAUGUUGGUUCAACCCCCUCCUCUGCCGCCAUUCUGCGUGCAGCCCCCUCCCCCACCACCGCUAUGCCUGCAACCCCCCUCUCCGCCCCCCAUUUGCUGCAGUCCAGCCGCGCCACCCAAUCCAUACGGUUUCCCGCCUGGUCUGGGGCCGAUAUUCCUGUAA